AUGGCGACCAGUCGGGACCCAGAGGAGGAACAGGUAGUCCCAAGCGAAGAGGAUGAAGCCGAUGUGCGGGCCGUGCAGGCCCAGUACCUCCGGAGCCCCUCCCCCAGCCAGUACUCGAUGGUCUCAGAUGCAGAAACAGAAAGCAUUUUCAUGGAGCCCAUUCACCUCUCCUCAGCUGUUGCGGCUAAGCAGAUCAUCAAUGAAGAAUUCAAGCCACGGGGGAGCAGAGCUGAGGCCGAGUGUCCAGGCAUGCUGGAGUCGGCCGAGCAGCUGCUGGUGGAGGACCUGUACAACCGUGUCAGGGAGAAGAUGGAUGACACCAGCCUGUACAACACCCCCUGUGUCCUGGAUUUACAGCGGGCCUUGGUCCAAGACCGCCAGGAGGCCCCCUGGAAUGAGGUGGAUGAAGUCUGGCCCAAUGUCUUCAUAGCGGAGAAGAGUGUAGCUGUGAACAAGGGAAGGCUGAAGAGGCUGGGAAUUACUCACAUUCUGAAUGCUGCUCAUGGCACCGGCGUCUACACUGGGCCCGAAUUCUACACUGGCCUGGAGAUUCAGUACUUGGGUGUGGAGGUGGAUGACUUCCCCGAGGUGGACAUCUCCCAGCAUUUCCGGAAGGCUGCUGAGUUCCUUGAUGAAGCCUUGUUGACCUAUAGAGGGAAGGUCCUGGUCAGCAGCGAGAUGGGCAUCAGCCGGUCCGCCGUGCUGGUGGUGGCCUACCUGAUGAUCUUCCAUAACAUGGCCGUCCUGGAGGCCCUCAUGACCGUGCGCCGGAAACGCGCCAUCUACCCCAACGACGGCUUCCUGAAGCAGCUCCGGGAGCUCAACGAGAAGCUGAUGGAGGAGAGGGAGGAAGACUACAGCCAGGGAGGGGGCACAGAGGAGGCCAAGGAAGGCGAGGAUGCAGAGAGCAUUGUCGGGGCCAGAGUGCGCGCCCUCAGCGUGCAGGAGGAGGAUGACACCACCAGCCACCUAAGCGGCUCCUCCUGGGGGAAGGCCAGCCAGGCGUCCAAGCCCCUCACCCUCAUUGACGAAGAUGAGGAGGAGAAGCUGUACGAGGAGUGGAAGAAGGGGCAGGGCCUCCCCACAGGCAGGGUCCCCCCGGGGGGAGAUGACAGGCGGUCGGCCUCCGGCCAGGGUGGGGAGGAGCCAGAAGACGAGGAUGUGGACCGGAUGAUCCAGGAGUGGCAGAGCCGGAACGAGAGGUACCAGGCAGAAGGGCAUCGGAGGUGGGGGAGGGAGGAGGAGGAGGAGGAGGCAGGCGAUGGCGGCUCAUUCAUGAGGAGAAGACGGAGGCACACCCUGAGUGAGAGCAGCACUUCAGAGAGUGUCAGCAGCCACGACAUCCGGGUCCUGAAGCAGCAGCUGGAGACCAGCCGCCAGAGCCGAGGUGGGAGAGGCCGCUCUGACUCGGUGUCCACUGAGAGCACCUGGGACGUGUGGAACCAGAGGCUGCUGGAGAUUGAGAAGGAAGCCUCCUGUCGCUAUCACUCCAGGAGCAAGAGGGAGGAGGUGGACGCCGGCUCAGAGGUGGGGAGCAGGGCGCGGGAGGACGACGAGGAGAGCGUGUCUUCGGAGACCAGCUCCUUCUACAACUUCUGUAGCCGGAACAAGGACAAGCUCACGGCCCUAGAAAGGUGGAAGAUCAAGAGAAUCCAGUUCGGAUUUCACAAGAAAGAACUGGGGGCAGAAGACAGCAGCAGCGAGCAAGGUGCCGAGGAGGCAGAGAGGGAGGGGAGGAGCUCGGAUGUCAACCUGACGGCCUACCAGGCCUGGAAACUGAGGCACCAGAAGAAGGUGGGCAGUGAGAACAAGGAGGAGGUCGUGGAGCUCAGCAAGGGUGAAGACUCUGCCUCAGCCAAGAAGAGGCAGCGGCGGCUGGAGCUGCUGGAGAGGAGCAGGCGGACGUUGGAGGAGAGCCAGUCCGUGGGAGGCUGGGAGGCGGACUCGUCGGCCGCCGGCAGGAGCAUCCCCCUGUCUGCCUUCUGGUCGGCAGCUCCGUCCGUCGGAGCUGAUGACACAGCCUCCAUUCUCAGCACCCAGAGCCACAGUUCCCGUCCCUCUCAGGCUGGAAGCCAUGCAGGGAGCUGCUCGGCCUCUCUCCCUGCCGCAGCGCUGCCUAACCUGCCUGUGGGGCCUGGAGACACCAUCUCCAUCGCCAGCAUUCAGAACUGGAUUGCCAAGGUGGUCACCGAGACUCUGGCCCAGAAGCAGAACGAGAUGCUGCUGUUGUCCCGCUCCCCAUCGAUGGCCAGCGUGAGGCUGGCGCCGGCAGCCGGUGGCCCAGGGGACGACCAGGCCUCCCUGCUCAGUGGCCACAGUGGCUCCUCCCUGGGCAGCGGGCUGCUGCCUCUGAGCCAGCCGGGACCCAGCUCCGACACGCCGGCCCUGCUGUCCUCCCACACGGCGCUGGGCUCAAGGGCCGAAGGUGUCGGGAGCCGAGUCAGGGGGACCAGCAAGCCUGUCUAUCGCCUCUUUGCCGACAACGUUGACCUAAAGGAGCUUGGCCGGAAGGAGAAGGAGAUGCAGAUGGAGCUGAGGGAGAAGAUGUCCGAGUACAAGAUGGAGAAGCUGGCCUCGGACAACAAGCGGAGCUCCCUUUUCAAGAAGAAGAGGGUCAAGGACGAUGAGGAUGAUGGCGUGGGUGACAGGGAGGAGGACACGGACAGUGCCAUAGGGAGCUUUCGGUAUUCCUCCCGCAGUAAUUCGCAGAAGCCUGAAACGGACACCUCUUCGUCCCUGGCUGUGUCGGAUCGCGGUGGAAGCGCAAGCCGGGCUGGCAGAGAGACGGAAGGCAGCGUCUCUCAGUGGCUCAGCGGCCUCAGGACAGAGGACAAAUCUCCUCCCCAGAGUGAUUGGUCUGGAAGCUCCAGGGGGAGGUACACCAGGUCUUCGCUGCUCCGGGAGACGGAGUCCAAGUCCUCUAGCUACAAGUUCUCCAAAUCGCAGUCGGAGGAACAGGACACGUCCUCCUUCCAUGAGGUCAAUGGCAACUCCGUAAGGAGCACUUCGCGGAUGUCUUCCUCCUCUACCAGGGAGGGCAGAGAGAUGCACAAGUUCUCCAGGUCCAUGUUCAGUGAGACCUCAAGCUCCCGAGAGGAGAGCCCAGAGCCCUACUUCUUCCGCCGGACCCCCGAGCCCUCCGAAGGGGAAGAGUCCCCGGAAGCACAGCGUCCAAGCUGGGCCAGGCCCAGGGACUGGGAAGAUGUGGAAGAGUCGUCCAACUCAGACUUUUCUGAAUUCGGAGCCAAGAGGAAAUUCACCCAGAGCUUCAUGAGGUCUGAGGAGGAGGGAGAAAGAGAGAGGAUGGAAAACAGAGAAGAAGGGAGGUUUGCUGCAGGGCGGCGGUCCCAGUAUCGGAGAAGCACUGACAGGGAGGAGGAGGAAGAAAUGGACGACGAAGCCAUUAUUGCUGCCUGGAGACGCCGGCAGGAAGAGACCAGGACGAAGCUGCAGAGAAGGAGGGAGGAGUAA